AUCACAGGAACCUAAAUAAUGCACUGUUGAAGAAAGUGUUGUGUCGUUGGAUAGCCAAGUUGCGGAAGUGCGCGCUCAGCAGAGGCUGGCAGCUUGAAAUGCAUUUACAUUAGGACCUUGCAGCCUACAGUACAUCUCGACCUGUAACAUGAUUUGUUUUUGGGGAUAUGAUAAUGAAAUAAUAUCUGUUCCACUGAACUGACACCGUUUCGAGUUCAGUAUCCUACCUGCGUUGUCUUGAGCGAGACCAAUCGUUAUUUUCAUGCGUCUGGAUUGGUCGCCUGGCGUGUUUACAGAGUUAUGGGUGCAUUACAGUCGUUACCUGAUGAAUUCGAAUGCAAAGAUCUAUCAGAGAAGACCGGCUUUUCCUUCGAGCAGAUUGGAAUCCUGCAUAAAAGAUUCAAGCAGUUGAGCCACAAUGAAGACACGCUGAGACGAGAUGACCUCAACACAAUUCCAGACCUGUCAUGCAAUCCGAUCCGAACCCAAAUUAUAGAGGCCUUCUUUGACAAAAGAAACUUCCAUCAGAAUGGUGAGGGGACUGUCCAGGAGAUCAGCUUUGAGGAGUUCCUGGUGGUCAUGUCCCACUUCAGACCUCCAGCACUGGACAUGACAGAGGAACAGAGAGAGAUUAUCAGGAGGGAAAAACUCCGCUUCCUGUUUAACAUGCACGACACAGACAAUGAUGGAACAAUCACUCUGGAGGAGUACCGACAUGUAGUGGAGGAGCUGCUGUCUCGGAGUGGAGCCCUGGGGAAGGAAACGGCUAAAGGCAUAGCAGACGCUGCCAUGCUGGAGGUAGCCAGUAUCUCCAUGGGUCACAUGGAACCAGAUGAGUUUUACGAGGGGAUCACUUUUGAACAUUUCCUAAAGAUACUGAAAGAUAUUGAGAUCGAGACAAGAAUGAACAUUCGCUUUUUGAAUGUGGACACGACGAACCUGUGCAAGUGAGGAUUUUCCACCUUUUUUAUUACUAUGCAGCACCAGCACUCUUUUAUGGUAUUUUAUUUAGUGGCCAGUUAGGGCACACUUUAAGCAGUGACGUGUGGUUGGUGUCUGGGUAAGCACUGGCUGUUAUCAAAGCCAGAUUUACUCACAAAUAAACCUUCAUGAAGCCCAAGUUCACCAUACAACAGAUAGCUCCAACAACCAGAAUGACACAGGCUAUUAACCAAAAUUGACAACAAUGUUCACCAAAUGUGACCAACCGGCUCGAUUCGGUCUUAUGUAUCAAAAUUUGAAAUGGUGUUUUUUACAUUGGAUAAAAGUAGAGACUCAGAGAUCUAGAAAAUGGUGUAUCAUACACUACAGUUGAGGAACCAUGGGAAAGUAAUUCUGCUUAGAACGUUGAUAAACUUAUAACCCCACAUUUGAGAAAAUGUCCCUUGAAUGUUUUGGUACACCUACUGGAGAGCUCAUCUUUGUCUACACCAAAUCAGAAUCGUUCACACCCUCUUAAGCCUUAGCCCCACCCAUCUAUUUAAGGAUUCACAUGUGAGGCCAUGUGCUAUGCAGAGUGCGUACUGUAGUGUACUAAACAACCAAAGCUUUCAAGCCUUAAGGCUGGUUUACACUACGUCUAGCGUCAUGUCUGUAGACAGUUGUCGCAGUAACAUCAUGGACAUUCUAUUGUCGUCUGACAACAAACUUGUCGUUGUUGUUCUGAAAAAGUAUAAACACAAAACUGACAGACUGCAUGUAAUCAGCAGCCUGGUUGUCCAAAAUAGCAUAACUGGUGUAUUUUAACACCAAUAAAUCCAUCCGUUUAAAAAUGUAUUUAGUAUGUGUCAAUCUAGCAAACUAGGCAACUUAAACCAACCAACUUUCUAAACUAUGUUGUGGUUCAUUUCUUGCUUGUUAGCCAGCUAUCUAAUUUUGAGUUAGCUGGCUAGCCAGUUCAAAUAAUGACCAUAUCAUAUUGCUGACAAUGUCUUUACUUUAACUAAUUUAUAUUAUUUUAUUACAGGAAAAUAAACUCACAACAAACACACACUUUAUCAAAUAAAAUCAAAGUUUACUUGUCACAUGCACAGGAUACAGAAGGUGUAAACGGUACAGUGAAAUGAUUGCUUAUAGUGGAGUGUUUUGUUUAGACAUGUAGCUAGCUAGUUAAACAAUAAACCAUAAUCCCAACUCAUAACGUUACUACCCUGCAUGAAUCUGCAGGUAGCUAAAAACUAGCCAACUAGGUUCAAUAUUAGCUAGCUCACUAACAUUAGGCUAUAACUAGCAAUGCAAAUGGCUCUUAGAUACAAAUACUAUUACUACACAGAUCAUACACGUAACGUAAGCUAGCGAGCCAGCCAGCUAACGUUAGCUAGCUAGCUAACAGUACGCUUUAACUUGCAAUGAAAAUUACUUUCUGACAAAAUUAGAAACAGUUAAUUUCUGAAAAUGUAGCUAGCUAGAUUCUCUGACCCGUGUACAUGGAUGAAUGCUUCUCCCUCUCACGGAUACCAUAGUUUCUCUUAGUUUGAAGAUGUAAUCCGGAGACUGGUGUUUUAUACAACAGCCUAGAUAGAACAGUGUGUUCUAUUUUUGACUCACUCCACAAAUUUGCUAUCAAACGCCAGAAUUUUCUCCAUCUCCUUAGCUAUCAUACUCUGCUUUCACCGGACAUUCCACUGAUUUCAAAACGUGGUCCUCCAGAAAGUGGAGCGCAUUAACAACACUUUUGUAGUUCUUCGUGAUAUCUUAAAAAAAAAGCUGCGUUAGAAAGGAUUACCUACACAUACUGAGCAGCUUAUGUUAUAGACAGAUGGCAGAACAAUCUGAACUCAUCUCUUGGCAUGUCCAGUCCAUCCAUUAUGUCAGCCAAUCCUGGCUAGCGGGAAGGUUCCUGUCUUUUUCCGUGGCUAAACCAACUAAGCUCGUAAUUUAACAAUUGUAUUCGUAUUUACAGAUGAAAGGCACAUGAAAUUUCACAUGUCCCAGAAGGCAUUUCUGCCCAAAAACACAUUUUGAUUUUAAAAAUGUUUACAUUUUCACAAGUAGUGAUGCACAACAUAUGCCUAGAUAACUGAAACGAGUCACAAAUGUAAAUACCUAUGUAGCCAAGGUACGAUUGCGACAUAUUUCAUAUCAUCUUACAAAAUGAUGCACUGCUCAACUCAGCAAUAAACAAAUCUAGCAUCCACAAUUACAACUGGUAGGUGGCACUAAAAGACUAAUAUAUGGACACAUUUCAUCCGAAUAAUUUGCAACACUAACUCCAUAGCCUUUCACAGUGGAUUUACAAUUCUUCCAAUGCGCUUCUCGCGUAAACACACACACACACAUAAUAAUAUUAGCAUGGGAAAUAUUAUUACACACACACGUAUAUAAUAAAUAAGGUUCUAACAAAAUGUUCAUAUCAACAAUCGAAAUUACUGAAAAAUGCAUUCAAACGGUCGUGUGGGAUACACAUCUCCAAGGCCUCCUUCAGUUCCAUUUUCACAUUGACUCAAGAAGUAAUUCCCAUUCCCAAUACGUCCACAAAGCUAAAGCAAAUGUCCAAGAUGUCUAAAAGUCGGGGUAAAAUGUCUUAAUUGGUAAUGAUGUUUCAAACAAUUGGACAGCCCAGUACUCACUUUUCACCUGCCUGACACAUGACACCUGUCAUGCCACGUCUUGUAGAGAUCCUGUAUGCUGCCUCUCUAUGGUCUUAACUUUAAUUUUAGUUGACAUUCCACUCUUUGAACCCUCUAAACAGUGCGUUCCAUUAUGUCAACUUGGAAAAUUGUUUGAGGUGCAGUAUAGUGUCAAUUUGUCAGGUUAUAUUUUCUAAGUAGCUAGCUUUGUUCAGUUCAAGCGGUGCAAGUGUGAAAUCAUGUAGACAUGUCCAAAUAUGCACAGUUUACCCCAGACAAUACCCACACAACAUGUUUAGGCAAUACGCAUGCCUACAUGAAAUCGGCUCAAUACAACACAUGAAGAUACUUCAAGCCAGGCAAAGCAGCGAUGCCUAAGCUGACCCUGUCUAUUAACAGUGACUGGAGUCAGGAACGGCCGCAGUGUCAACGAUUUGAAUGGCUGGAAAGGAAGGCAUGAAUACCCUAGCGCCUUUCCUGAGGUUUUGCAUAAAAAAAACACCAGAUUCACUGAGAAAAAACAUGAACAAAAAAAUUAUGAAAAUGUUUUAUACCAUUUGCUUUUUUUUUUUGGCUUACAUAACAGCUUUUUUUAUUACAUUAUCACAGGGUCAACCGGGCCUAGCCUGACUGCACGUCACUGACUAAGUACACUGACAAACUAUUAGAAAGCUCUGUUUAUGGUUUGGUUUUGGGUUGUUAUGAGCUUUUGAUCAGGGGAAGGUUUAAGCUUCUACUGUCUAGUAGCUGCUGACACUGUUAUGUUUUACAAAUGGACUGCAUUGAAAAUAUGAAUAUGAGUAACUAUGCAAAUAUACACAGAUUAACAGUUGCUAUGUUAUGAAUUUAGCAUGCAGUUUUGAUGACAUCCUGUAUCUGUCACAACAUACUGUUUUAUGCAAGAAUAUGAACAAUGCACUAAAUGUUAUCAAUCAAUAAUCAAUUCAAUAGCAAAGCAAUAAACCAGUAAUACUAUCGCAAUAAAGCAAUAGCCAAUCAUGCAGCGCUAUGAUUAAAGUGCAUGCAAUUCAUCUCCUAUUAUACUGUAUCUAUGGCACUGUGUGGAAUGAGCUAAAAAAAACGUGCACAAGGAAAACCAAGAGCAUGCGUCUUCUAUCUAUACCAUCCUGCACACCAAAAUUGUUGUGCUGCCACUGCCAUCGAUUUGGAAUCAAAAGUUAGAUUUCCUUGUGCAUUAACAAGUUACUGACCAAUAGAAACAAAGUACUUAUUGCCGUUGCGAUGUUUGACUGACCAGCCUAGCAUACUGGUACUGGUAUACAGCCUAGCAUACUGGUACUGGUAUACAGUCUAGCAUACUGGUACUGGUAUACAGCCUAGCAUACUGGUACUGGUAUACAGCCUAGCAUACUGGUACUGGUAUACAGUAUAGCAUACUGGUACUGGUAUACAGCCUAGCAUACUGGUACUGGUAUACAGCCUAGCAUACUGGUACUGGUAUACAGCCUAGCAUACUGGUACUGGUAUACAGCCUAGCAUACUGGUACUGGUAUACAGCCUAGCAUACUGGUACUGGUAUACAGCCUAGCAUACUGGUACUGGUAUACAGUCUAGCAUACUGGUACUGGUAUACAGCCUAGCAUACUGGUACUGGUAUACAGCCUAGCAUACUGGUACUGGUAUACAGCCUAGCAUACUGGUACUGGUAUACAGCCUAGCAUACUGGUACUGGUAUACAGUCUAGCAUACUGGUACUGGUAUACAGCCUAGCAUACUGGUACUGGUAUACAGCCUAGCAUACUGGUACUGGUAUACAGUAUAGCAUACUGGUACUGGUAUACAGCCUAGCAUACUGGUACUGGUAUACAGCCUAGCAUACUGGUACUGGUAUACAGCCUAGCAUACUGGUA